AUGUUUCUCAGAACACUUCUCUCAUCAUCUGCAAUCUUGACUGUUGUACACGGCCUUUCUCCUUCGGGAUGGCGAGCCCAAUCUAUCUAUCAGGUCAUGACUGAUAGAUUUGCUCGCACUGAUGGAUCUACGACUGCGUCCUGUGACCUCGGCGAUUACUGUGGGGGCACAUGGCAAGGACUCAUCAGCCACCUGGACUAUAUCCAAAACAUGGGUUUCACAGCUGUGUGGAUCUCACCGGUAGUGGAGAACCUCAAUGCCUCGACUGCUGAUGGAUCAAGCUAUCAUGGGUACUGGGCACAAAAUAUAUAUGCCGUCAACACCAACUUUGGCUCUGCUGCAGACCUAGUAUCACUAUCAGAAGCCCUGCACAAGAGAGGAAUGUACUUGAUGGUUGACGUAGUCACCAAUCACAUGGGAUACGCAGGCUGUGGCGAUUGUGUGGACUACUCGAUCUUCAAUCCAUUCGACAAAGAGUCAUACUAUCAUCCUUUCUGCUUGAUCGACUACAACAAUCAGACCAGCAUGGAGACUUGCUGGGAAGGCGACAACACUGUCUCGCUGCCCGACCUUCGCGUUGAAGAUACAUCCAUACAAGAUACGUGGGCAACAUGGAUUGAACAACUAGUUUCCAACUAUACAAUCGAUGGUCUUCGCAUCGACAGCGCCGCUGAAGUCAGCAAAGACUCCCUCGCAGCCUUCGAAUCAGCCUCAGAAAUCUACGCCAUUGGCGAAGUCUUCAACAACAACGCCGACUACGUCUGCGCAUACCAAGACUACCUUUCAGGAGUAAUGAACUACCCAAUGUACUACAACAUAACCUCCGCCUUUGCCUCCACAUCCGGCUCCAUCGCAGCACUAGCCACCGGCAUCGAGACCAUGAAGUCAACUUGCAAAGACGUGACUCUGCUCGGCUCCUUUCUCGAAAACCAUGAUAAUCCUCGAUUUGCAAGUUUGACGUCUGAUAUGGCGUUGGCGAAGAAUGCGAUUGCGUUUCAGAUGCUUGCUGAUGGCAUUCCCAUCGUCUAUCAAGGCCAAGAACAGCAUUUUGACGGCUCAUCGACACCUACACAACGAGAGCAGCUUUGGAAAUCUGGCUACGAUACCUCUGCUGUGUUGUACAAGCAUAUCGCCAAGCUCAAUGCUAUCCGUCACUUGGCUGUUCAGAGAGACGAUGGGUAUCUGAGCUACAAUGCGUACCCAGUGUGGACGGAUGACAAUAUUAUUGUGAUGAGGAAGGGAAACAAUGACACACAGGUUAUAGGUGUAUUCAACAAUUUCGGAGCAAGCGGAAGUGGAAACUUUACGUUGCUGGGGACGAGUUCGGGAUUCGAUGCUGAGAUGAACGUUACGGACGUGCUGGCUUGUGAUAGCUUUACGACGGACGACAAGGGCGAUUUGGAUAUCGAGAUUGAGGGUGGUGUGCCAAUGGUCUUGUACUCGAGUAAGCAGCUCGAAGGUAGUGGCAUAUGCUGA